GUGGCCUAGAAGAUACAACUAUAUACAUACACUGUGCUAGAAAUCGGGAGACCAGGACUCCCUUUGCCUGGAACCCCUCCCUCUUGCCCUCUGCCUCGGAGAACCCCAAUCUUCUUCCUCGGCAUCCCCUUCUUUCGGAUCCCCUCCCCCCCUCUUCCUGCCUUGGGUUUAUUUUGUGUUUCUUCUUGGGCCCAGAGCCUCGCCCCUGACGAUGCCGGUGCCUCGAAGGCAGCGACUGCCUCUUUGGGCUUGUGUACACAGUCCGCGUAGGCUCAGGCUGAGGGAGUUUCUGUGUCAAGGGCUGCCAGGUGCUCCGCCCUUGGGGCUCCCUCACGCCUCCUUCAAAUGAGCCGGAUUGCAGCUCGGCAGCCAGUACGGAGCGUGGGGCUGCCCUCCUCUCCGGCGUGCCGGCCCUCUCUAGCCUUCUCACACUUGUGGCGGGUCCUCUUCAGGGAUCCGUCGCCCAGGGAGGCUUCCUAUAGGUCAAGCCAGUCAUCGCAGCUGCUGCCAGCGCGCAGGCUCGCCGCCACGGGAGUGUGUAUCGCCUCGGUGUCCCCCAAGAUGGAUUUUCGCCUCGGAUUCCGGAGACUCCUCCUGACUCUUGCCCUCUGCCUGCCCUUCUUCCCUGCUCAUGUUAACUCUUCGUUCAGAAAGGAAGAAUGUGCAAAGGGUUCUGAGGUCUGGUGUCAGAAUUUCAAGACAGCAUCUGAAUGUGGGGCCGUUGAACACUGCCAACAGACUUUCUGGAGCAAGGCAACGGAGGAAUUCAAGGAGAUGUGCAGAUAUAUUGGAUUUUGUGCCAGAGAGAAGGAAACACCUCUGCAGGCCUCAGUCUCCGCUCAUGCAUCCGACACCAGAAUGAUCUCUGCGCUGGAGCCAGAGGAGAACUCGGUUCAGACGAGGGCCGAUCCCACUUGUGAGCUGUGCCACUUCAUUAGCAAAGAGAUCGCCAAUUCGCUGGAUAACAAACAGACGACGGAGGACGUGCUUCACGCGGUCGAGAAAGUCUGCUCGGUCAUUCCCAACUACGUGUACAUGGCCGAGAGCUGCCGGGACUGGGUCAGCGCCUACGGCCGGAGCGUUGUUCAUCUGCUCCUGGAGGAGACCGACCCGGACUUGGUGUGCGGCGCCCUGCGCGUGUGCCAGGGCCAAAGGUCAGCGCGUGCAGCGAACGAGGCCAAGCUCAGGAGCGGGGCCUUCUGCGAGGUGUGCAAGAUGUUCGAUGGCUAUCUGGACAGGAGCCUGGACAAGAACAGCACCCAGGCCAUGAUCCUCUCGGCCUUCCAGAAGGCGUGCGGCAUGCUGCCAGAAGCGUACCGCAGCAAGUGUGACGAGUUUGUGAAGGAGUACGAGCCCAUCCUGAUCGCAGCCUUGCAUGAGGAGCUGGACCCCGCUUCUCUGUGUCUGAAAAUUGGAGCUUGCCCCAAAGAGGCUGCUGGGCCGCCGCUGAGAACCGAGCAGUGCAUGUGGGGCCCGAGCUACUGGUGUAAGAGCAUGGAGACGGCAGUUCUGUGCAACGCUGUGGACCAUUGCAAGAAUCACAAAUGGAAAUAGAGAAGAGCCCUCGUCUCUUGCAUCCUCUGCCCGAUUUGUAUGUUUGGGGGAAGGGGCGCACAGACCCCACGUUUGUUCUUUCUGUUUUUAAGGGAGCCCCACGUCCUCCUCCUCCUCCUCCUCCUCCUCCUCCUCUGUUCCAUUUGCCAUUGUUCCCCUGGGUCCCAGAGGACGUUUCCCCCUCUAACCUAGGCGAAUGACGGCUGUGUGUGCGUCACGGACCUGAGGCUGGGUGGGACGGCGGAGACAGAUGUGGGGGAGGUGGCAUGUGGGAGCCUGUGGCCAGGGACGUCGGAAGUGUGGGCCCCACAGAGCUGUGCCUAGACGGGGGCUUCCAACUUAUUGGCGGUUAGCCGUGUUCCAAUGGAUCUGAGGAGGCUUUUAUUAGGGGCCCAUGAAAGGCAGAGUUUUGUUCUCAAGGGCAGGAAUUCAGAGCCUUUUUGGGGUUUCUAAACUGGUUUUCCCUUGAUGAGCCCAAGUCUCGUCCCUGGUGGCUUAGGAGGCAGAGGAGGCGAGGCAGGCGAGGCUUUGGAUUUGCUCUAGCUAGAGGGAGGCCGCCUGGCUCUGAAUUCACUUUCUUGGAACACCCCCUUCCUUCGUGAUAGUUUCCUCCUGUUUUCCAUAUCUUUGUCAUGCAUUUCUGGGACUUGGGGCAGUGAGAUCCAAGGUCACUAGGGCUGCUUACAGGAUGGGCUGCGGCCCAGGCCAUGGGAGGGACCUUUGGGGAAUCCCUUCUUCUCUGACACCUUGACUUCAUGGAGCAGCCUUCGGUGCUUGCUGAGUUCCAGGACAAGGAGUCCUUCUCUUCGAAUUCUGCUUGAAUGGUAGGGAGCACUCUGGGCCCAUAUGGCACUGCUUUGACCCCUUCUUAGAAGCCCCCCUUAGCGUCAGCAUUUCUUUACAGCAAUGCAGGGGACACCACUCUGCAUGUCUUGCUUCCUAGUAGAAAAGUGACUCCGCUCAACCGCUGAGCCCCGAAGCAGGCUGGGAGGCGAUUCCUGCCCCCUCUGUUCUACUACAGAAUACCCUAAUACUGAGGAUUUUGGCAGGAUUUGUUUUUGCUUGAACACUUUUUAUGAUUCUCAAUAAAAGUUCUGCUCUGCUAGA